AUGUACAGAGUAGCAAGUGCAUCGCAAUAUUUGGCGAUCACCGGCGUCGGCAUCGACGACAUAAAGCUUGCCAAAAAGUCAUGGAUAUUGCCAGGCCAGAGCUGCACCCGUUUCGAUGUCACUCCCGUGAAUUACACGUUCAAAGUCCAAGCCAUGAGCGCCGAGAAACUCCCCUUUAUUCUUCCCGCUGUUUUCACGAUCGGCCCACGCGUGGACAAUGAAGAAAGUCUCCUCAAAUAUGCCAAGCUUAUGUCUCCCCAUGACAAAAACUCCAACCAUGUCAAUGAACUCGUACAGGGUGUCAUUGAAGGAGAAACUAGGGUCUUGGCUGCUUCGAUGACUAUGGAAGAGAUAUUCAAAGGAACCAAGGAGUUUAAGCAGGAGGUAUUUGAGAAGGUUCAGUUCGAACUUAACCAGUUUGGGCUUUUGAUAUACAAUGCUAACGUUAAACAACUUGUUGAUGUGCCGGGGCACGAGUACUUUUCUUACUUGGGUCAAAAGACUCAAAUGGAGGCUGCUAAUCAAGCCAAAGUUGACGUGGCGGAGGCAAAAAUGAAGGGAGAGAUGGGGGCCAAGCUAAGGGAAGGGCAAACGGUUCAAAACGCUGCAAAAAUUAAUGCAGAGACUAAGAUUGUAUCGACGCAGAGGCAGGGUGAAGGGACAAAGGAGGAGAUAAAGGUGAGGACUGAGGUGAAAGUUUAUGAGAACCAAAGAGAGGCUGAGUUAGCGGAGGCAAAUGCGAUUUUGGCAAAGAAGAAAGCAGGGUGGGCUAAAGAGACUCAAGUGGCGGAGGUGGAGGCUUCCAAGGCCGUGGCAUUGAGGGAUGCUGAGUUGCAGAAGGAGGUGGAGAAGAUGAAUGCUGUGACGCAGACCGAGAAGCUCAAGGCCGAGCGUCUUAGUAAAGCCAGCGUUGAGUAUGAGAUAAAGGUGCGAGAAGCAAAUUGGGAGCUCUACCAGAAGCAGAAAGAGGCGGAAGCUGUUCUGUAUGAGAAGGAAAAACAGGCUGCAGCACAAAAGGCACUUGCAGAUGCUGCCUUUUAUUCUCGACAGAAAGUUGCUGAUGGUGAAUUGUAUGCAAAGCAAAAAGAGGCAGAAGGACUUGUGGCACUUGGAAAAGCUCAAGGCCUGUACCUAAAUACACUCUUAAAUGCACUGGGAGGAAACUAUGCAGCCCUCAGGGAUUACAUGAUGAUCAAUGCUGGAACGUUUCAAGACAUUGCCAAGAUUAACGCAGAAGCUGUGCGUGGAUUAAAUCCCAAGAUUAGCAUUUGGACGAAUGGCGGGGAGGCAACAGAUGGGACUGGAGCUUCUCCUGCAGGUGGUAAUGCCAUGAAGGAGGUUGCUGGUGUUUACCGGAUGUUGCCACCAUUGUUUCAGACGGUUUAUGACCAAACUGGGAUGCUACCACCACCAUUCAUGGGCACGUUAUCUGCCUCAAAACAACCUACAAUGGAUUAA